AUGGACCCAACACUUUUGAUAAACGAUAUUGUCGAACACGAUACAUCAAACAAAAAGCCCGUCGAGUUCGACGACCGUCCUAUAUCUUCCACUGGCUUCCCGCAACAUAAACGACGAUGGAAAUCAUCCUUCAAGCAGAGGCGCGCGGCCGAGGCAGCAGGUGAACCAGCGCCUACUAGAACACAAGAGCAGAGCCAAGCUGGGAGCUCAAAGCCUCAGAAUGAAUCUGCGAAUGUGGACUUUAAAAGUGUUGAGAAACAGCGCAUCGACCACGAGAACAAGCAGAAGCUCGCAAGCAUGAGCCCCGCCGAAAUCGCUGAGGCCCAGGCAGAUAUCAUGAAUGGCUUGAAUCCUGCUCUCAUCCAGAGGUUACUGGCGCGAGCCAAUAUUGAUGAGCAGCCCGACUCUUCGCCCUUUGAUCCGCCUAAGCCAGAGAAACAGGAGGCACCUGAGCCCCCACCUACUAUCAAGAUUGAAGACACAACCAAGAGCGAAACAUCGAAGAGCCCACCAGCAGCUUCCUCACAGGCUCCCGAAUCCUCGCAGGAGCUCAAAGAAGAAAAUGCUCCCUCUGCAACCCGAGUGACGUCGUCAAAAAACAUAGCAGAUGACUACGAUGAGGACAAGGCCCCACCACAAAUACCAGCCGAUCUGUUCCCAAUCACAGAUCAACCCAAAUCCAUUCACUUCCCUGUUCCGCCAGCUUUAGCCGACCUCGAUCCAUCUGAUCCGAACUUUCUAGCCACACUCCACGAGAAAUACUUCCCCAACCUUCCAGCUGAUCCAAGCAAGCUUGCGUGGAUGGCACCGGUCCCUACAGAAGACAGCCCAGCUGAUAAAGACUCUUCAUACUAUCCUCAUCCUGAGAUCUCGGUCAACGCUCUACGUUUUGACUUUCGCGGUCGCUUCUUAUCGCCUAGAGUUAGUCGAGCUAUCCCUUCGUCAAAGGGCUUACAUCACCAUGGCGAUGCCCCAGAAGCUGCCGGAUAUACAGUUGCGGAGCUAGCUCAUCUUGCCCGAAGUGCUGUUCCUGCGCAAAGAUGCAUGGCAUUCCAAACAUUGGGGAGAAUUCUUUACCGUCUUGGGCUCGGUGAAUGGGGCAAGAGUGAAGAUUCCCCUAUUGCUAUGGGAGUGUGGGGCGCCGUUAAGAAGGGACGGGUUCUAGAUAGCUUGACGGAGGCGGCCAUGGGCGAUGGCGGCCACCGGGGCAGUCGUGCUUAUGCUACUGAAGCUCUCUGGCUGUUCGAGAAGGGUGGCUGGAGAGAGAAGUUCAAGGGCAGGUGA